AUGAGUUUCGAAAAAUUACCAAAUGAAAUCAUCCUUGAUCUAUUCGAAUAUUUUGAUGGUAGUAAUCUUCUUCGUGCAUUUUAUGGUCUUAAUUCUCGACUGAAUUCUCUUCUAUACAAUCAAUUUCAAUCGUAUUAUUUUAACUUUAAUUUAAUUUCUAAAAAACGUGAUUUCGAUAUUAUUUGUCAACGACAUUUUCCAUAUAUUGCUAAUCGUAUUUUAAAAAUGCAUCUUUCUGAUAAUGCAUAUGCUCCAAAACAAAUUAGUCUUUUUUUAUCUUAUAUGUCAUCAUCAUUUAAUCAAUUAUCUCAAUUACGAUCGCUUUCUAUCGGAUAUAUUGGAUCCUAUACAUUACUAAUGAAUGUUAUCGACCAUUGUCAACAUCUUCCUAAUCUUACUCAUUUAUAUUUUUACCACAUACAUUCUGCUGGUUACCUUGAACAUCCAAAUUAUAAACUAAUAAUUAACAAUAUUUGGAAUUUACCGAAACUUAUUUACUGCAAAUAUUACAUUUUAUAUGGAGAUUAUGUGCAUUGUUAUAUACCACAAAUAAUCUCAUCGUCUAUCAAAAGUUUAUAUCUGUAUAGUACUGAGUUUUCAUUAGAUACAAUACAUCGAAUAUUUCAGUAUACACCUUGUCUCCAGCAUCUUCGAAUACAUGUAUCUGAAGCUUCGGAAGAUUAUAAACCAUCUCCUUUUUUCUCAUUAACCAGUUUAGACAUUGUUUUUAAGUAUGUAUCAGCCAGUAUAAUAACAAGUUUUUUAGAAAACUUACCAAAUUUACGUUGUUUGGAUAUUCAAUUAUCUGUUCCUCAUACAUAUGAAUUAAUCGAUGGAAAUGCUUGGAACUACGGUAUACGAAAUUAUUUACCUAAACUUAAAGUAUUUCGACUUGUGAUGGAUGCACCAUUCUUUAACGCCGAAAAUAAAGAACAAGAAAUUAAUGAAUUAUUAGAUUCAUUUCGAAGUUCAUUUUGGCUUGACGAACAUCAAUGGUUUGUUGGAUGUUUCGCAUCUAAAAAAAAUAUUUGUCUUGAGACAUUAUCUACUAGAUAUAAAAAUAAUUUAGAUUCAUCUUUUGAAUUCUUCAAAACAACUUGUCCACAGGAUAAUAUACAAACAUAUUAUAACGACAAAGCAACUCUAAAUGAUAGAAUUUGGAUAUAUCUUCCGAUCGAUGAUCAGUUUUGGUCUACUGUUGAAAGAUUUGAUCAAGUAAAGUCACUUUAUGUUUAUGAUUAUAAUGAUUGCUUCCAAUCUCAAUUGCAAACUAUAUUCAAUCGAAUACCGUCUUGUUUAGAUACCUUAGAGAUUAGACAAGAUCAAUCGUUACCAUUGCAAAGAUCAUUAUUCGAAUGUACAAAAAAUAUAACUGCUUAUGAACUUGAUCUAUACAUGAGUAAUCCUUGGUGGGGUAAUCCUUUAUAUGUUGGAUUUAAUAAGCAAGACUGUAUUGCAUUAUGUCGCUCAUCGUUGAGUACCGAAUGUAAAAUACUUCAUAUUACAGUUGAAAAUCGUGAAAAUAUUCUUUAUCUUGUUAACAAUAUGCCUAAACUCGAAAUACUAAAUGUAGUAUGUAAAGAUGAUAAGUAUCAAGACGAAUUAGAGUUAUGGUACAAUACAUCGUCUCAAGAAACAAGACCAAUUAUAGAUGAACUUAUUGAUUGGUUAAAAUAUCGUUUGUCAUCAGCACAUAUUAUGAGAACAACAUUAACCGAUGACAUUAUCGGAAUGUGGCUUUAG